AUGGAGAGGGGGCCUCUCAACACCUGCUACAGCAGGGCAGCCAUUCAUGAGAUCCAGGCCAUUUCUUAUGUGAUGUUCAUGGCGAACAUGCCCGAACCCAUUGAGAAAUCCUCCCUGCGCCGUUGGAGUGUCAUCGUCCAUCGACCAUCACCUUUAAACGGAAGGCCCUGCGUGGUGCUGUCAUCUGGUGAGACUGGUUGCAGGAAAACAACUCAGGCCAAAUAUGAUGUUGACGAUAGCGACAACUGUAAAAGUAUCAUAAUUAAGCGUCCUGAUGAUAUGUGGAAGGACUGGAAGAACCGAUUACGAGGAAGUGUCCUAGAUAUGUAUGAUAAUGAUGGAGACAGAAAGAAAAAUUGCCCAAAUGGUAUCAAGCUAGAAGAUUGGGUCAAAUUCGUUGAUUACGAAUCUACAGAAGAAGUAAAGUCUCGUCGUGAAAAGGGAAAGGAAUCCAGAAGAGAGAUGAAGUUCCCCCACACGACUGGUCGACGGGGGUCUGCUAGGACGGCAGAGUUGAUUCAACAAAAAAAUCCAAAUACUCAAAUCACGAGAACUGAAUUGUUUCUGGCAACUCAUACUAGAUCCGAUGGGUCUCUCCCUUCACAGGAGCUGAGCAUCACAACGGAAAAAAUAAAAGAAAUAGUUGCCAAUGACCCGGCUUGUAUGCAUAAUGAUUUAAAUCACGACCCAGUGGCACAGGUUUGUGGUCUUGAUAAAAGAGGACGUGUAAGAGGGUUGGGUCAUAUUCCAAAAACUACCAUUAUUGCUUCAACCCCUUACAUUAAUGAAAUUAGUGAAGGAAAGGGCGAAAUUGCUGAGGUUAAAGCAUCGAUGAUUGUAUUAAAAGAGCAACUGGAAAACAAGUUCAACGAGUGCAAGAACAUGAUAUUGAACAUUGGAGAAUGUUUGGUUGAAGUUCAGAAUCAAAUAAAUACUCUAAUUCAACCAAUGCAAUGCUCUCCUGGCACUGCUGGUUCUCAGGGGUUUUAUCAAUCUGGCGAUACCUCAAGUCAUCGUGAUGAGUCAGCUCCACCUCCACCUCCACUUCUACGGGUGGAACAAAUCUGUCAUUUGAUAGAUAUUUGUAGUCGAGUUGUUGCACGUGGGUGUAUGAUUAGAGAUAAUGCAGGCAUCCCUCCGGAUUGCAUCAAAGUUAUAUUGGAUGUUGUUGAAGUUCCCAGUGCGAAUGUGUUUGGUGAUAUUGAGAAGACGUUAGCCGAUUGUGACAUGGGUGAUGUUCUCGUUAGGCCUAGAGUGCUGACGAAAACAUAGAUAUUAAAGGAGUUUACUUAAAACUUUUCCUAAGUCAAGAACAUAUUUUUGUAAUUUGGUCAGGACAUAUGGAUUGUGUUUGAGGUUAUUUUGGAUAUUAUUUGACUAAAUCUUUAUCUUGAAUUAUUUAGUAGUUUUGCUUGACUAAUCUAGUGAUUUGUUUCAGCUUUUCAUCUUCUUAUGCGUGACAGAAGGUACACAUAUUUCUAUUAUGACUUGUUUUGAUUUUUUCUUUGCUUA